GUUGCGUGUUGCGUGCAAGACCUACGUGACCAUGAUGUACUCAACCGCAGUGAUCGGUGGCGCGGCUGUGACCAGUAACGUUUGGGCGUCUACCGCUUUUGUGCUUCCUUCAGCCUCGCCUUUCGUUGGGCCCAGGACUGAUGUAUAUUGUGAGGGGUCAACACGAACCGUUGGCAACCGCAACUCUGCCUGCGGUCCGAUGAUGGCGCUCAAGGGCUUGGCUAGAAAGGCAAAGGAGGCGCAAGUUUCGAAGGACAUGGACGAGCUGCGUUCGGCCGAACCCGACAGCCCGGUGUUUCAGCUGUUGGAAAAGGCGGAGGCGGGGAAAGGAGCAGGGGACGGGCCAGAGUACCCCCUGUCUGAUGUGCUUCGAAAGAACAAGGGGACCCUCUCGGUGGUGGCGGAGUACAGAAAGAUCCUCAAAUCUGGUUUCAUCGACGGAAUCUUAGCGCCGGAGCUUCUGUGCCCCCUACUGCGCAACGGAGGCGCUGCCUGCAUCGCCGUCGCCACUGAACCCCUGACCGGUGGUUGCUCGGAUGCCGACGUGAAGACGGUGGUGGAGGAGCAGGAAAACAGCCGGGGAGACUUCCCGGGCCCCAUGCCCGUGAUCAUCAGGGAUCUUGUAAUCUCCGAGUUCGAGAUUGCUCGCGCCAAAGCAGCGGGGGCAGCGGGGGUAACGGUGGUGCUCGCUCUCGUUGGCCCCGAACGCGCGGCGGAGCUAGCUGCGUUUGCCAAGAAGCUAGGCAUGGAAGCGGUGAUCCAGGCCACCAGCCAGGAGGAGAUCGAGCAGGCGGUGACCUCGGAGGACAUCUCGAUCAUCUCCAUAGUGGGAAAGACGGUGGAUGAGGCGGUGGAACUGCGGCAGUACAUUCCCGAUAGGGUGGUGUCUGUGGCACACGUGGACAGAAGAUCAGAUGAGGGCCUGGAUGAGAUAGAAGACUGCUGGCAGCUCAGGGACGCCGGCUACCACACAAUAUGGGCCUCUGAGGUGUUGUACAAGGGGGGAAUGAUGCAAGCGGAAUCUGCCGAGGCCAUCCUGAAGGCAAUUAGAGCGAAGGCCAGCGUAAAGUACGGCCGUGCAAGAGGCAUGUCUGGGAAGGGGGAGGGGGCGAAGGAGUACCUGGGCUACUUGGCUCAAUAAUAGCAGAGCCUCACAAAGGCAGGAGAGGAGGGCAUGGACAGCUUCCAGGAAGAUCGGGGACAAUAAGGGGUCGCCUUCUGGGUUUUGUCGAGGCUGCAGAGGCAUGCUCGGAAUGAAGGAGGGGCGCAAGUCGUUUGUUGCCUCUUGUUUCGGUAGCCAGGGUGGCAGGGGUCGACCGGUGGUUUGGCAUGUCAAAGGGGUCACGAACUGCUAAUCGCACACAGGGAUGACGGGCACUUGAGAAUCAUGCAUGGGUUUUGUAUUCGGUUCAAUAUUGCUGCCUUUCCGAUGGUUUCCCCCCCGUGGUCCGAAUUGAGUGUCGUUCGUUCCGAGUACUUUUUGGCCUAUUGGGUUGGAAUCUAUUUAGCACACGAUCGAAUCGUCGAGCUCAUCUGUUGCCGGUUUUAAGCUCACUGACUUUUGACUCACAGGACAAGAAUAUCAUGGAGGGUUGUAGAGUGCAGUUCACCAGGUCGCUGUUUUGAACCAAGAUUUGCUUGUCGAAACCCGCAACAGCCCAACUCUUUCUUGUCUUUGGUUGGGCCAACUCGAGAGUGAGUUUGUCGUUUUAAUUUUUCCCCACUUGUUCUGGCGAAUGGGGUGGUUGAUCGUUUGGGCAGUUCGGCAGUUGGCGCACGAUUUCCACCGUCGAUUUCUAGCGAGCGAGAUCAGCCCGGAAAAAAGGCAGAACUCUUCGAACCGAAUGAACGCGGGUAGGUUGAGAGGGUUAAUUCUCGACAAGAUAUUUGCCUGCCGUUUGUAUUUGCUCAGAGCUGUGUGGCACUGUCUAGAGUGCUGAAUAGAUACACUCGUUGGCAAAGAGCCCGCUUUCAGCACUGAUUUCAUGCACUGCAGAAGAAUUCGUCUAACGGCAGCCGGAUCGGCCCCCUAGGAUAGUCUAGACUACUACAUGAGCAAGACGAGGUUCUUGUCGGUGAAUGUCGACCCUAGCGACAAACGAUCUCCUGUCUGUGCCCGGUGGUCCCACCCGAACUACAAGAUCAACACCGAAGCUAACUUUCUCUUCACCACCGGCCUAGGGUCGGAUUGUCCUGAGACGUACGGUAGUACCUUUGAUCAUUCGGCAUGUCAAACACGAUGCCCCCAUUCGCCGGGGAUUGAAAGGGCAGGGGGAUUCACGUCCCUUGCAACAUGUGUACAUUUUGUUUCCGUCCUAUUUUAUGGCGACAGUCCCCCCAUUUUUCGUGGUGAGACGUGUACUACACUUUUCAAUGUACGUAGAGUACUACACUUUUCAGUGUAUCUUUUCGGACAACUACCACCAUCCAGGGUCACACAGGAGCGAGGGCUGUUGUCUUCUUUUUUUUUUUCGUGCCCCACCUUGCUCCUGCGGUGCGUGCUACAUACGACUGCGAAACUAUGUCAAACAUUGGUCCAUGUCGUGCCACACCCAAGGGGCAUCACGUUUCGCAGGGUCACCUCAGGGAG